GGGCAACCUGGACCAAUUGGAAUUCAAGGCCCAAUGGGUCCUGAAGGAGUUGCUGGUCCUGCCGGUUUACCAGGGUUGAAGGGAGAAAGGGGUUCCCCAGGGCCUCUAGGGCCAUAUGGACCAAAAGGAGAUAAGGGUCCCAUGGGAGUUCCUGGCUUUCUUGGUAUCAAUGGGAUUCCGGGCCACCCUGGACAGCCAGGACCCAGAGGUCCACCUGGCCUAGAUGGCUGUAAUGGAACUAAAGGAGCAAUUGGAUUUCCAGGCCCUAAUGGCUAUCCCGGGAUUCUUGGACCACCUGGCCUCCCUGGUCACAAAGGCUCAAAAGGUGAACCUGCUUCUUCUCAAGGUAGUCUCCCAGGAGUGGAGGGAGAUCCUGGACUUCCUGGACUAGAUGGAAUUGCUGGCCCACAAGGACCACCUGGAUCUUCUGGAGAUAUAGGACCCAUAGGAGUUCCAGGAUUACAAGGUCCUCCAGGCCCCCCUGGCUUCCCUGGUCCUGAUGGAAAUAUGGGGUUAGGUUUCCAAGGAGAAAAGGGAGUCAAGGGGGACGUUGGCCUUCCUGGCCCCGCAGGACCACCACCAUCUAGUGGGGAACUAGAAUUCAUGGGAUUCCCCAAAGGGAAGAAAGGAUCCAAGGGUGAACCAGGGCCUCCAGGUUUCCCAGGCACAACCGGCCCUCCAGGCUUCCCGGAAUUUGGAUUUGUUGGAGAAAAGGGAGAAAAGGGAAUCCUUGGUUUGCCAGGACCAAGGGGACCCAUUGGUUCAGAAGGAGUACAAGGCCCUCCAGGGAAACAGGGUGAAAAGGGUAGCAUUGGCUUGCCAGGCCCAGACAUUUUCACGGAUGCCGAUGGUGCUGUGAUCUCAGCUUUUUUCAUUGCAAUGCCAGGUUAUCCAGGAGAUACCGGUGUGCCAGGCCUCCCAGGCCUUAGAGGAGAUAAUGGCUUCCAGGGCCAGCCUGGGCCUUCUGGUAUUCCUGGCCUGCCAGCCUUGACAGGUAUACCAGGUGCUCCAGGGCCUCAGGGAUUUCCAGGCCUGAAGGGAGACCACGGGAACCCAGGCCGCACAACAGUCGGGUCAGCAGGCCUUCCUGGCAGAAUUGGUUUGCCAGGCUUACCAGGUCCAGCAGGUCCACCUGGUAAGUUAUUCAUUUCUGUCUUUGAUCUUGAAAUCCAGGCCCGGCAUUCGAGACUGGAACUCUGCAUGGUGUUGAGCCAGAGUUUCCUGGUCUUCCAGGAGAACAAGGGGACCCUGGAUUUUGUGCUUGUGAUGGUGGUGUUCCCAACAACGGACCACCUGGGAAACCAGGCUUGCCUGGGCCACAAGGUAUCAUUGGCCUUCCAGGCAUUAAAGGAACCAGAGGAGAUCCAGGCUCUGCCGGUGCACAAGGCCCAGCAGGGGCUCCAGGUUUAUUUGGGCCUCCUGGUCGUGUCGGCCCCAAAGGAAGGAAGGGUGAACCAACUGUCCAUAGAGGAUCAGGGAUGCCAGGAGAGAAGGGUGAUCCUGGCCCUGAGGGAUUCCCUGGUAUAA